AUGGCUAAUAAGCUUCUGUAUUUUGUAUCUUUGAGCAUGUUGUUGCUGUUUACACUGUCACGUGUUUGGUGGGAAACCGCGAAUGGACCACAAGGAGAAAAGAAUGGUUUGAUAAGCUUUUCGAAUCUAGAUUUGUAUAUCUUCGUGUUGGAUUCAAUGAAGAUCAUAAGUACUUUAGGUCUUGUUUUCUCCAAUAGAUGA